AUGAAUUUGUGGUACCUUGCGUUCUGGGUCACAUUCGUGAAGGCCUGGGUGGUCAAUCACGGCACGACAUGCACUCUGUACCCAGAGUCCCUCGCUCAUCGCGGGCAAGAAGUUGAUGAUUCCCCAUCCAUCCAGGAAGCAUUUGACACGUGCGGCACAAACGGAACCGUGAUCUUCACUGACAAUGUUUUCCACGUCAACACCGUUCUCAACACGACCAACCUGCUGAACUGUGAUGUUUACCUGCGCGGUGAACUUCGCCUCUCCACCAACAUCCCUUACUGGAGGACCCACGCUAUUAGUGUCGUUUUGCAAGACCAAGUCACCGCCUGGCUGUUUGGUGGUACUAACGUGAACUUCUACGGCCAAGGAGGAUUCUAUAACGGACAAGGUCAGGCUUGGUACAAUGCCAACCGAAAUGAGUCGAACCAGCCCGGUCGACCAAUGAGUAUGACAUUCUACAACUCCACCAAUCUCCACGUUGAUGGAUUGAGCGUCAUCCAGCCCCAAUUUUGGGCCACCUUUGUGUGGAAAAGUCAGAAUGUGUCGUUCACCAACUUGUUCGUCAAUGCCACUAGUGACAGCCAGUGGGGAACCAUGAACUGCGACGGUUAUGACUCCUGGCAGAGCGACAACCUCUACAUCGAAAACGCAACCAUCAUCACCGGUGAUGACUGUAUCGCCGCCAAGGGAAACACCACGAACCUCUACGCCAAGAACAUCUACUGUGAAGGCGGAACCGGUAUCACAAUCGGCUCUAUCGGCCAAUACCCCGAGACCCCCGAUUACAAUCUCAACACGACCUUCGAGAACGUGAAAAUCAAGAACGCAAUGGAUGGUGCCUACAUCAAGACCUGGCAGGGCACCCGCAUCUACACUCCCAGCAACGGAGACUGGGGUGGUGGUGGCACCGGUCUUGUGAAGAACAUCACCUUCCGCAACUUUGAGAUGGAGAACGUCGGACUUCCCAUUCAAAUGUCCCAGUGCGUGUACUCCGCCGACUCAAAUAAGGGAUGCAACACAUCCAAGUUGCAGAUCGAGGACGUUAAGUGGGAGAAUAUUCACGGCACCUCGCGUUUCAACAUCGCUUCUUCCAUCUACUGUUCGGAUGAACGCCCUUGUCCGAAUAUUACCUUUGAUCGCGUCAAUAUCACUAGUGUAAACACUACGCGCCAUUUGCCGUAUUAUGGCACGGAUAUCCAGCAUCUGCUCUACCAAUGUACCAACAUCGAUGGCCAGAACAGCUCGGGAAUCCCUUGCAACCAGGCCGCUCCCAGCAACUUCAGCCAGUGGAUUUAUGGAAACGUUGAUAGCUCGGGGUUGGCUACUUUGACUUAA